AUGGACGGUGGAAAGGACAAAGGUGCGGGUGGGUACAGCGGGUACCCUGGUGGCUACCCUGCUCCGGCGGGAUAUCCCGGUUACCCUGUUCCGGUAAGCUCGUAUCCGCCGGCGCCCGGAUAUGCUGCUCCACCUGGGCAGUAUGCGCCACCUCCCGGCGCGUACCCUCAGCCCGGGGGUUAUCAACCGCCGAACGUUGCGUAUCCCCCGAAUGGGUACCCCGCCACCGCUGGGUAUCCACAAUAUCCUACGGCCCACCCUCCAGCUGGUUAUCCCGCUCAAGGGCCACCAAUGCAGGUUCCUCCUUAUGGUCACGCUCCUAUGUACGGGGGAGGCGGCCAUGGCGUAGCAGGCGGCAUGAUUGCCGGCGGCGCGGUGGCGGCAGGCGCAGUAUAUGGAGCUCACAAGGUGUCGCACGGCGGCGCCCACGGGAUGUACGGCCACGGUAACCACCACGGCAAGUUCAAGCAUGGCAAGUUCAAGCACGGCAAGUUUGGCAAGCACAAGAAGAUGUACGGGCGCAAGUGGAAGUGA